CCGAUUUUACAACCUACGACACUUUGGUUUCUAACACUCAACAGUUAGCCGACCGACACCAACGAUCGCGCAUCGAUUUCCAUACACACUUUUUUUUGUUUUUUUCCUCUCAUUCCGCGCUUCUUGCAGUGAUUUCUUCACAGCUGUAAGAAAAAGUAAGCGAAAUGAGGCGAUCCGCCUUAAAAUUAGGGAUAUCCCUAAUUUUAGUGAUAGCCAUCGACGCUCUUCCAAAAAGGCCGGAACGAAGCGUGGACUUGAACGAGCAAUACAAGCUCGGUUCGACGUGCAUCUGCGAUGAUUUGAAGCCCGAAAGUUACAACCUGGAGAUCGAGCCGUUGAUGCAGGAGGCCAAGUUCAAAGGUCGCGUGCGCAUCAACGUCACCUGGACCGAGCGCCAAGACAAGAUCACCCUGUACGUGCACCCGGAUUUGCAGAUCGACCACAGCAACGUACGCGUGACGAGGAUGAACGACGUCGCCGACGACGAAGAGGACAGCGCUAGCAAGGAGGAAAAGGCACCGGUCAGCGUGAAAAUCACCAAGGUCGAGCGCAGCCCGAUGCAGCGCGAGCUGAUCAUCCAUCUGGACAAGAUGCAGAGGCGCAACGCCGUCUGCGAGAUCGACAUCACCUACAUGGGCAACAUCACGAGCAACGAGACCGCGGGCAUGUUUAUGUACGACUACAUGGACGUGAACAAGCAGAAGCACACUUACGUGGCGACCUAUCUGCGCCUGAACAACGCGCGCAAGAUGUUCCCGAGCUUCGACGAGAUCAAGUACCGCAGCAAAUUCCAGCUGACGUUGACCCACGCCAAAAGUUACGUCGCGCUGUCCAACAUGCCCGUGGUGUCGAGCAUCCCCGUGCCGGGCGAGGCGGAUCUCGUGAAGGAGACCUUCGCGCAGACCCCCGACAUGACAACCUAUCAAUUGGCGUUCGUCAUAUCCGACUUCGAGAUGAUUCUGCCCUCGAAGAAGGUCAACGCAAUGGACGGCCGGGAGCUAGAGGUUCGCGUCUGGGGGCGCAAGGACUACGUGGAGGCGCUCAAGGACGUCCCGGACAAGAUGGUCACCAUCGUCAACUACCUGCAGGACUAUUUCAACAGUUCGAUCAACGUGCCGAAGCUGGACGUAGUCGCGCUGCCCACCUACACGGCCACCAAGGCCUCGGACAACUGGGGACUGAUGAUGUUCAAGGAGGGCGAGCUGAGCAGUCCGCUGGUGUGGAACGCGGCCUACGAGCUGACCUACCAGUGGAUCGGCCAGAGCAAGACGCCGGCGCGCUGGCUGGACGCCUGGCACGGCAAGGGCCUCAACUCGUUCUUGGCCUGCAAGGCGACCAUGGACAUCAACCCGGACGAGCUGAAGGGCAAGUGGCCGAUGAACAUCCUCUACUCGCUGUACUACGGCUACGGCAAGGACCACGGCGCGCUGGGCGCCGGCCUGAUGCGCGACGUCAAGAGCACCAAGAUCGAGCUCAUCUUCCGCAUGUUCUACUACAUCCUCGGCAAGGACAACUUCAAGAGGAGCAUGCAGCGUUUCGUGCGCAUGCCGUCCUCGCCCGAGACGAAUCCGACGCCCGGGGUAUUCGUCUACAAGGACAUCUACGACAGCCUGGAUUUCGUGGCCAAGCAGACGAACGCCCUGCCCAACGGGCUGACCAUCGACAAGGUGUCCGACACGUGGGAGGACCAGCAGAGGCUGCCGCUCGUGCACGUCACUCGCCACUACGAGAACCGCACCGUCAGCUUCAGUCAGAAGCUCUACCUGCGGGGACCGCUCAAGUCGCUCAAGUCCUACGAGAGCAACGCCUACUGCUGGAACAUACCGCUGGUCAUACAGUCGCAGAACAAGUGGAACUCGAGCGACUACGCGCCCAAGGCCUGGCUGCUCAGCGAGAAAACCUGCAUGACUAGCCUCAACGUGGCCGACGUCGACGACGAGAACAGCUUCAUCAUCGUCAAUCCCGAGGAGAUCGGCCUGUUCCACGUCAACUACGACCAGCGCAAUUGGCAACUGCUCUCGGAGUACCUGCAAGGACCGCAGUUCGAGACGAUACCCAUUCUGACGCGCGCCAAGCUGCUCCACGACGCCUGGAACUUGGCCUACGCGGACGAGCUGGACUUCAAGACCGCCCUCAACAUGACCAUCUUCCUCAGGCACGAGAAGAGCCACGUGGUCUGGGAGCCCUUCUUCACGAUGAUCGACCACAUCGGCCGGCGCAUCGAGGGCUCGCCGGUCUUCGACAAGUUCACGAACUACUCGCGCUCGCUGCUGCAGCCCAUGUACACGGAGUCCUGUGAGAUCCCGACGGGCGAGCCCUCGUGGAAGCCCCACCUGCGCGGCCUGGCCAGGUACUUCUUGUGUCGCGCCGGCUACGAGCCCUGCAUCGCCGAGGCGCGCGAGCAGUUCGGCAAGUGGAUGGCCGACAAGGAGCCCGACAAAGGAAUUCCGGUGGCGAACGAGUUCAUGUGCCCGGUCUUCAAGUGGGGCACCGACGACGAGUGGGACUUUGGCCUGCAGCGCUUCAUCAACUUCCCGAGGAGCAGCCCCGAGCGCAAGCAGAGCGAGCGCACCUACCUGCUCAAGACCCUGGCCGGCUGCCCCAAGGACCCCGCCAAGAUCGAGCGGCUGCUCAAGGUGGCGAUCAUCGAGCGCAACGCCAACUUCACGGACGCUGACAUCCACCUGAUCUUCACGAUGCUGACGGGCCAGACGAACGGCUACAGCACCCUCUACAAGUUCCUCACCGACAACUGGGACGCGGUGAAGCAGCGCUUCGCCGACAAGUCCAACUUGUGGACCGGCAUCGUGCACUCGGCCACGGGAUUCUUCAAGAGCCGCCAAGGCCUGGACAUGGUGGAGAAGCUGUACGAGGUGCGCCAGAGCGAGCUGGGCGAGGCGCCCAAGGCCACCGAGACUAUCAAGCAGGAACUCGCCUGGAGCGAGAAGAACCUGCCGGCGAUCGGGCAGUGGCUCGACCAGCACACCGCCAGGCCCCUACAAUUCGACAAGGACGCCUUGGCCUACUGGAGCCAAGCCCUCGCGUGCCCCAAGCGGGAUGCUUCUUACGCCACUGCUGUUCCCCCUGCUAGUUAAUUCCUACCACUCCCGACUUCUUUAUUCUCCUUUAUUCUCCUUCUUCCUGCUCCUCUUCCUCUUCCUCCUCUACUUCCUCUUUUUCUUGAUUUUUUAAUGGACGGAGCGAGCGAGUGGUAAAACUUAAUUUUAAGUUUGUCAAAGCUAAGUUUGACUUUUGUAUUACACAGAGCACAGUUCCUCUUAUAUAUCAAUGUGUCCCCUCGUUUUAACGUAUUUCUUGUAUUUUAUUUCCUCUUAUUCUCCAAGAGUUUUAGUUAAGUUGAUUACAGUGUCUCAUAGCAGCGUAUUACUAGUAUUACUUGUAAAUUUGUAAUUUGAAAAAAUUCCGCAAUAGUAAGUGUUUUUUUAUAUAAAUCUAUUACACGUAAGAGUAAUGAUACUAGAAUGCUUUUUGUCAGUACAAUACGUCUUUGCCCAGUUUAUUCCUCUACUACUACGCAACAACAAUAAAAAGAUGAUUAGUUAUUAAGAUAACCUUAUAUCAGUUUACUUACAAAAUAAGUUUGAUGGUAAUUUUAUUAAUUAUAAUGUAAUUAUAGCGUUUAAUAAAAAGAAAGUUAGUAAAAUG